AUGUUGGCAGCCAGACCUGUUGCACGGCUUGACAACAAGCGAAGAGCAGUGCUCGAUCCUCGCAAGAGGCAAUUCGCAAAAUCACAAUGGCAGGAACAAAGCUACGAGCACGCCAUGAACUUCUACAAUCUCCCUCCGACUGGCGACAUUGCCCUCGAGCAGUUUGAAGAAUGGGGCAUCGCCAGACUGAAGGACCAGAACUCUUCAAGAUCUACCGAGCAUGAACUCCAACGCAAGCGCGACCACUAUUCACACUGGACUCUCCGCCUUGCUUUCUCAGCAACAGAAGAACUCCGCAAGCGUUUUGCCAGACUCGAGACUCAACUCUUCCGCCUCAGACUCAACCAGAACGAUGCCCGAGAACGCAAAGAAUUCAUCCAGAGUCUUAACAUGAGCUGGGAGACUGUAUCCGACGACGAGAAGGCUCGCUUGCUUGACGAACUCAAGAGUGCCACUGGUGUCUACAAGAACGAGGAGGAAUCAUGGUUCAAGGUCGACUGGGAGAACGUGCCCGAGCUCGUCGAGCAGCGCAAGGUUCUCCUCAAGAUGGGCAAGGCUUUCGUCCACAUGCGCGAGCAGACGAGUAUGGUUGUAGGAGAGUUCAGCAGACAGCUAGAGGCUGGCCUCGAAUUGGCUGCUCGUGCCCUACCACGCAUGGACGAGGAUAACCGUCUCUCUCCUAUCCUUACACAUCUGUCCAAAUCCUUCGCCUCGCCUGACUCACAAUACAACGCCGACGCUUCUUCCAUCUCCGACACAACCGUCAUUACAGCCAACAUGAUCGACGUCCUGGCUCCUCACUUCCCUCUCUGCAUGCAGAGUCUCCACCGCGAGCUGCGCAAGAACAGCCACUUGAAACAUUUCGCCCGCUUACAAUACACUCUCUUCCUCAAAGGUAUCGGUCUCGACAUGAAUGAGUGUAUCGUCUUCUGGAGGAAAAGCUUCAAACUCAUGACCGACGACAAGUUCAAGAAAGAAUAUCUUUACAACAUCCGCCACGCAUACGGCGAUGUCGGAGGUGACUCCAACAGACGUGGCAGAGGAUACACUCCCUACUCUUGUCAGAAACUCAUCAUUGAUGUCCCAAGCAGCGGUCAAAGCCACGGCUGCCCAUACCGCUGGUUCAGUCCAGACAACCUUAUGGGUCUGCUCCAAGCCACAGGAGUGUCAGACCGCGAGGUCCUCAAGAACGUCAAAGAAGAUGUUACAAAGACCCGCUACCACAUCGCUUGCAACCGAGUCUUCGAACACCAGCACAAGAACGAGAUCAAAAGAGUCAAGGAUAACUCGCUCUGGUCCGCCAAUGAUCUUGACACCAUCACACAUCCCAACACUUACUUCAAGCGUAGCUUCAUGCUCAAAAACUUGAACAAGUUCCAGAAUGGAGACAUUGGUGUGGAUGGUCCUUCACAAGAUUCGCAAGGCUAG